ACAGUAGUGUUCCGCUUAUGACCCCAAUGUGAUUGUCGUUAUCGGAUCCACUUCGUCUUACGGUCUUAUCAAAACUAAGCAUGGCUGUGCCUCGUGUGAAGCUUCCCGGUACUGACAUUGAAGUGUCAAGAGUUUGCCUAGGAUGCUGGCAAUUCAACGGUAACAAAGACACCAUCAACUGGGAUGCGCAAACCGUCGAGCAAUCCUGUGCUAUUGUAGACAAAUGCUUAGAGAUUGGAGUGAAUUUCUUCGAUACAGCAGAGGGGUAUGCUGGAUCAGAAGAGGUUUUGGGGAAAGCCCUGAAGGGGAAAAGGGACCAGGCCGUAGUCGCCACAAAGUUUGGUUUCAGGGAUGGACCUUCGACACCUCCCUAUAGCCCGGAACAGAUUGAUGAAGCGAUCACUAAGAGUCUGCGUAAACUGGAGAUGAGCUAUGUAGACCUUCUACAGGUACAUUUUCCGAGUUUCCUGUGCGACUUUGACCAGUGUAUAAAAGAGCUGGACAGACAAAUAGCCCUGGGAAGAAUCCGCAGCUAUGGUGUAUCAAACUUUGGACCCAAAAAUAUCAAAGCUUUCUCAGAUGCAGGUGCCAAGAUGGUCUCCAACCAGAUGGGGUACAACCUACUGUGGAGAUCAGCUGAGUUUGAUGUGAUACCGGAGUGUAAGAAGAGGGACAUCGGAAUCCUUGCUUACUCACCUCUCCAGCAGGGCCUGCUCAGUGGCGGGUUCACGUCAGCAGAAACUUUUCCUGAGGGAAGAAAGAGGGGCAAGCUUUUCUCUCCAGAAAGCUGCAAAUCUGCCAGACAUGGUCAACCUGGAGCUGAGAAGGAAGUGUUUGAGGCAUUGCCCAAAUUGCAGGCAAUUUGUAAGAAUGCUGGUGUAAACAUGGCCCAGGCCUCCCUAGCCUGGAUUUUACAGCAGGAUAACUGUCCUGUGGUCAUUGUCGGUGCCAGGACACCUGAACAGAUGGUGCAGAACAGUCAAGUCAUAACAUUGCCAGAUUCAGUUGUUAAGGAGAUGUCGGAUGUGACUGACCCCGUCAAACAGAGGAUUGGACGAGUAUUGGACCAAUGGGCUCACCCUGACCGUUGUGAAUAAACUCAUGCUCAAAGGGAAUCAUAUAGUGCUUUAUUUGUUGGGAUUUAGUAAUAUAAAAAUUGCUUAAUUUGAAAUGCUGUAAAAAUAUCUGCUCUGGGGCUGCAAAUCAAAAAUAAUUAUACAGCCUGGAAAAGUAAAACAGUAUAAAUAUGAAAAGAAGCAGGUAAUGACUUUAGAAAAUAAAAAUGUUAAUUAAUUGUGAUUUAGAAUAAUUAACUUUUGAAUCAACAAAAUCAUACAAAGAUGAGAGAAUUCUGCAUUAAUUUCCAGCAUAGAUGUAUACCAACUUAAAGUUUUGUCAAGAUAUUCUUUUUUUUAUCACACAGGUUCAAACUCUGUUAUUGUAAAAGAUAAAAGAAUUCUCUUUAGAUGAAAAUUGUAAGACACAAAGCUAAGCAACAAAAGCAAUAUUAAACUUGAGAAUUCGGUACAUGUAUUUUUAAGCCAUUUUUAUUGUUUUAUAUUUUUGCAAUGCAGUGAAUUUGUUACAACAUUUAAGCAGAUUAUAUUGUACAUAUUUUGUUUUUGCCAUGCUUUAGAUGUCUCAUGUUCAAUAUUACUCAAAUGGUUGAUAAUUCACUUCAGAGCUAGUCAUUUGUAUAAUGUACAGGGUUUUUCUGAUUCCAAAAAAGGUAAAAAUGAACAUUUCCCCGAAGGGUUAUUUUGGUAGAUUGUUUCUAUUAUCUAUCAUAACAAAGGAAUAGUUUUGUUACCAAAAUAUGUUGGAUGUUUGUCCUAUUUUCUGGUAGAAUGGCUGGACUGCAAAUCAUGCUUGAAACAGAUUGUCUCCCUUUUGCCAGUGUUACUGUUGUAUGUAACCCGCAUAGUAUGCCUGACAGAUAUUCGAAAUCAUUGUCAAGUAUUAAUUGAUGGUUGGAUGAUCAGGGUUUGUGUGCUGGUUUUUUUAACAACUUUAAAAUUAUAUUUUAGUAAGAAAGCUGGUGGGUUUACAUAUACAUAAUUUGUUUUCCAUUUCAUUUAAGAACACAUUUCAUAGGUUUCACUUCUACCAUUUAAUGCUCCAAAGAUUUCAAUUUGUUUAUACAUGUUCAAUCUUAAUUUAUAUAAUUUUUAUUUCAAUGGUAAAUUGCCAUAUUCUUUGAUCCAGGAGACUGUACAAUUUCAUUUAUGAUACUAUGUGAGAGUAGGAUAGAAAAAAUGUAUUCAAAUAGGAAAUAAAUUAAGAUAAAUACAAACUCAAAAAACACUAUGCAUCUUAUAUUUAUGCUGGUAUUUAUUUAAAUAAUCACAAAAGGUAUAAAUGCUGGUAUUUAUUUAAAUAAUCACAAUAGGUAUAAAUGCUGGUAUACUCGGUGUAUCAUGAUAAUGUUGUUCUGAGAGUUCCUGUUAAGGGGGUGAUGAUGAUAUACAAAUGAAAUUUAAUAAAAAGAAACACUGAAAAUCAAACAAA